AAAGUUUGCAGAGUAACUGCCAAACAUAGGCUGGACUUUCAGGCAUGUUGUUGCCAUUAUUUUUUGUGGUUCUUAAAUAGUGAAAAGUUCAAAACAAAAGGCAGAAACAGAGAUUCCAUUUUUUAAGCAAUCAAACUUGCGAUUUAUGCCUGGUGGAUGAUAAAAUGGGCGACCUAACAACAACCACCCAGAAAGAACACCAUAGCAACUAUCCACAACACUAGCAUCAUGGCGACUGAAAUGAGACCAAAUGGAGAGCAAAUUUAGAAUUUUGCUGAAGUCUUCUGCUUCUUAGAUGUUUCUCCUGAGAAGACCCCACUAAUCUCACAUGUGUCUCCAUUAGAGUUUCAGAAGAGAUCUCACCAAUGUCUUAAACUCAGAUUUGCUACCAAAGUCUGCAAUCAAAAGUCAAAACCAACAUUUCUCAGCCAGUACUUCCAAGACCAAAUGAUCUCAGCUGUGUUAUUCACAUUCAUUUUAUAGCUCUAUACUUUUACUGCUGAUCAACAAAUGACCCAUUCGUGUCUAUUUUUAUUUUACCUAAGGAAUUACCAUGUUCAUAUACCAUGGUAUGUACAUGGUGUUCCAAGAUACUUUAAAUACUACUAUGGUACAUGUCCAAAAAUAUAUGGUAAUGCCAUUCCAUGUCAUAUUUCCAGCAUGUUUUCAGCAGUAAGCGGUGUUGUGAUUUGUGCUGCUGUGGAAUGAAUGUAGUUUUCCUCUCAGGUACAGAGUUUAGAUCUGUUUGAAUUUCAGCUUCAGUGUCCUGGCAGGAGCACUGUGGAACCACUGGCAAUCUGACUGUAAAUCCACUGAGAGGAAACGAGAGUUCAGGGGGGCCGUUUUUGAUCACAGCUGUGGUAGCAGUGCUUAAUGGGAUAUCUGUUGGUGUUGUGGGUUAUAGAGGUGUGAGGGGAGCGAGAGAAUAUUAAACACCUCCACCAGUUCCCCCUCUUUACCUUCACUCUCUCUUUCAUCUUAAAUACAAGUCUUUGGUCAUACUGAAGUAUCUGUGAAGCUGUGAAGGUUGGCGUCCCACUAGAAGAUUUGGUCCCACUUUAUAUUAGUCGUCUUUAACUACUAUGUACUAACAUUAAAAUACAUACAAUACAAUGUACUUAUUGUGUAACUACAUGUUGUUCUGCAUGUAGAAUUAGAUUCUCACAAGAUUAACAUUUGCUGCUACUGAGGUUGAGGUACGGGUAGAUUUAGGAGAAGGGUUGGGGUUGGGUUAGGUUUAGGAUUAGGGGUAAGGUUAACAGUGUACUACAGAUGUAAUUACAUGCAGGUACUUGUAAGUACAUUUACAUAUGUAUAACAACACGUAUGUACAUAAAAAGUGCAUUGUAUCAAAUGCUUAGGUACACAAUAGUUAAAGACACACAAUAUAAAGUGGGUCUGAAGAUUUUUCAGCCUAUUUUUAGUUUUCAGUCAAGUUUCUUUUACAUAAUCGUGUGAGAAUCAGAGGGAGAUGGUGACCUCCUGAUCUAUUGACCCUUGCUGCUCCUUAAGGGCUCUGACCUCUUUCAACACACACUCACUUUUUCUAUCAUGUUGGGUGUUUUCCAUUGACUUCGAUUGUUUUUAUAUUGACCUAAUGACAUUUACUAUUCCCUAACCCUUAAUUUUUUUUCUGCAUUUUUACAUUACAUGUAUGCUAUAUUUUAUUAUAUUGUAUUAUUAAUACAUAUUCAGAUGUUGGCUGAAAUGUAGGUGAUUUCAGGUUAUACUAAUUCAGGUAAGGUCUUUUGGUCACACACAAAAAAAUAAAAAUAAUAAUGCACACAGAUGAUUGCAAACAAAUGGCGAACUAAAUGCAGAGAACAAACAGAUAAAACAUCAAAUAAAGGAAAAUCUCAAUAGUAAUUCAGUAGUAAUGAUGGGACAGACAGUGACCUGCAGGGGUUAAAUUGGGAUACAAUGGUAAGGAAUAAUGUCCACAUUAAUGCGGAUACAUUUGAAAACGCUGUUUUUGUUUUUGAAGCACUUGCUUUUCAAGCAUUUUCCAAAAGUUGCUCGUCCACACUAAGACGUAGGAAAACUCUUAAAUCUCCUUACUGCGCAUACAAAAAAGUGCGGUUCCAUGUACGGUCUGAAAUGCAAUCGUCCUCGUGUUCCAUUGUUAUACAGCAAUUCCGAGUAAACUUCCCAUCGCCUUUGAAGGAAUGCAAAGUGAAAUUUUUGAAAAUUUCAGUUUUUGCUGUCAAAAAUGCAGUCUCAGUGUGGACGGAUGGCCAAAACUUAGAGAAAAAGAUGCGUUUUCAAAAGAAAACUUAUUAGUGUGGAUGUGGCCUUAGGUACCUCCGAUUAAACAUUGCCAGUUUGUUCGUUACUUCAUUCUAUUUCCUGCAGGCGGGCUCCAGUUCAGUUUUUUUGAUGGAUUAUGUCUCCAUUUAGUGAGUUUGCUCGCUCAAACAACUUAAAAAUUAUUAAAAGUUAAUGGCAUAAACUUCUGUCUAGUCUGUGUCGGAACCGCAUCCGCUAUAUUCACCUGAAGCCGCACUCUUUUAACGGGGUGCGUAGCACACACGCUGCACCUCUCUCCACUGCCCAAUUCUGUUCCCAUUAGAUCACAAUCUAAUAUGCAACCAGUGCUCCCAAUUGGGAAGAAAUGUGUGGUUGCAGCGCGGGGUUAAAUGACAUGUGGACACAUACUGUGUUGCCUUCACUCCCAAAAAAAGAGAGAGUUUGCCUUCAUUCCUUGCUUAUUGGAAUUAAUGUAGAAAUGUCUAAUUUUUGUAAAAUAUUUCGGUCUAAUGGCAUUAUAUUUGCAGUCAGUUAGGAGGUAAAGCUCUUCCUCCACAUCUCCAUCAGUUUAGUCUUUCAUCUAGUGUUUUCAGGUCUAUGAGCUCCAGCUGUGAUUGGUGACAGACAGAUGUCACUCCCUCUCUCAUCUGUUUCUGUCACUCUGACUUCCUUAACAUGUUGGCAUCUCUCUCUGCCGUGACAUUUCCCCCUUUGUUUCCGUCUCUGUCAUCGCAGCCAUCACUGUGCAUUUUCUCCAACCCCAGAGGGUUUUUCACCAAACUUCCAGAGUAAUUUUCUGAUCUUAAACAAUUGAAAUCUACAUCCAGAUGAGGCAUCCAUAUGUUGAAGCACAGAUUCUGUAUGUUUAAUACUAAACCCUUGAAUUGACAAGAUCAUAUAAACAUUUACAGUCGCAAUCUGGCAACAUUUGACACAUCUUGUCUUUUUAGUGUGUGUCUGUGGCGUCAGGACUACGGGAUGCAGGAAAAUGUGUGUACAUGCUCCAUUCAUCAUAACUGUCUGACCUCAUGAAAAACAUCACUCUGAGUUGCCUUUUGAACACUUUAAUUUCAAUGCGUCAUUUCAAUAAAUGUUGACCUGUGAAACUCCUGAAUUGUGAUAUGUGAUUGGACCCAGAUGUGUCUUGAGAGAGAGAAUGAGGAAACACAGUCAGGGGGGAUUUAGGCCAUGCACACAAGCAACAGGCACAUUUAAAUGCAGAAGUGAAGCCCAUAAAUGAUCCAUCUGUGUGUAGGAAAUACAGGAGUCACUUCCAAACAAUAGUUUGGUGUCUUGCAGCUGUAAACUGACUUUAACUGCAGUGUGGACAUACAGGUAGCAUUAGUGUUGCUUGGAUUUAAAAUGGACAAUAGAUCAGUUUUAAGAACUGGCUGAAUGAGGAAUCACCCUCACUUUCCUCUGAUAGUGGCAUGUGGCAGCCAUUACCUCUUGAACACUGGCUAUGUCUCUCAUUUUGCAAUUCUGUUUGGCGACACUGAAAUGACAUUCUGCUUCAGUGUUGAAUGUACUGAUUCUCUCAUGUCUCUCUGCAGGAGGAAGUGUUGUGAAGGCUUCAGGUUUGUGAUGGGUCAGUGUGUGUCAGAAAGUGUGGAUGUGUGCGAAGGCUCCCCUUGUGAGCAGCAAUGUACUGAUAACUUCGGUCGGGUGUUGUGCACGUGCUACCAUGGUUACCGUUUUGACCGAGAGAGACAUCGUCAGCACUUGCAUCCAUACUGCAUAGAUGUGGAUGAGUGUGAGGAGUCUAACAGCACAGUGUGUGAUCAGGUGUGUGAAAACACUGCUGGAAGUUUCCGUUGCAGCUGUUUUUCUGGAUACACACUGUCACCAGACCAGCGCUCCUGUACACCCAAACACAACUUGAGCUCCACUGGAAAAUCUGACACUCAGAUGAGUUCUGGAUCAUGUUCUCUCAACUGUCGGGACUUCAUCAACAUGAAAACCAGUUUACUGCAGAUUAAACUCUUGCUGGGACACACACCUGCACAGGGUUCGUCUCUGAGUCUGGACAACAGCAGUCACAAACCGUCUCCUGGAUUAACAGGCAAAAAUCCUGAUAGUCACACACUCACUGGACCACCAGGGCCACCGGGACAACCCGGCCUACCAGGCCUCCUGGGUGAGCGAGGCGAGAAGGGAGACAGAGGGCAGCCUGGCCCCCAGGGGCCCAGAGGAGACAUGGGUCCUAUGGGGCCAAAGCCUGAUCUAGAGCACAUCAAGAGAGGCAGACGGGGCCCGGUGGGGCCUUCAGGAGCACCUGGAAAAGAUGGACAGAAGGGAGACAGAGGUUUACCUGGACCCAGAGGAGCACCUGGUCCUCCAGGCUCUUUUGACUUCCUGUUAUUGAUGAUGGCAGAUAUCCGUCAUGACAUCAUCGAGCUGCAAGAGCAAGUGUUUGGAAAGAGGCAUGGCAUAUCUCUGGAUUCACCCACCCUUCCCAGCGGAGAGGCAGAGCUUGAAGACUGGGCUUCAGGACAGGGAGAGCUGAUGCCAAACACGAAAGGUAGUGGGGACAAAUGGGGAACCUGGGUCUCCAUGAUCACACUGCUCUGACAUGCAUGUUUUUAUAGAAAAAUAAAACUCUUAUUUCAAAACAUGAAGGACCAGUUCAUUUCUCAAGAUAAAAUGCCUUUAAAUGAACGAUGAAACUAACUUCUAAUUCUUAAACUAUAUGCCACAAAACUUCAUAAUGAACAAACUUUGGGCUGGUUGGUUAUGAAACAUACUAUUUUAAGCACAGUGCAGGGUAGACUACUUUUUUUUUUUUUUUUUAAAUGUGGUACUGAUAACAAUCACAUGACUUAAAUUGCAGUCAGUAAUGUAAUAUCUUAGAAUACAUGUUAAAGUAUCUGAUUAAUCUGAUUGCUUUUGGAUUACCUCUGACCUAAUUCUUGUUUAUUUGAGGUCACAUGCAUUUGAGUAGGAUAAACUUGUACCAAUUUGGCAUAAUGUUGACAAAAUGCAUUAAAAGAAACGUACUUAAUCAAAGUAUGAGAACUGAUAUGAUUUUUUUGUGUGCUUUUACUCGCUACUUUGUGUGUUUGUUUCUGAACGAAAUAAAAAAGGCACUUAAAAUGUUCUUAAUUUUAAUCAUUUUCUCCUGACAUUUUUUUACAUUACUAACACCAUGUGUGUUAACUGAUUAGACCAGUUAUAUUUGUAAAUCAGCAUCAUAAAAAACAGAAACUGUCUCAAAAAUUGUUGCAAAAGGACAUUGUCCAUUUUUGAAGCUGAGUACAAAAGCAUUUUGCGAAACUAAAACUAACUUUACAGCACUAAUGCAAUUGGUUCGGCAUUUGUGUGGAUUACCACUCCAUCUUCAGUGUAAUUAUGGAUGGUGCUAGUAUCAGGUCUGUGUGUACAAUUCCACCCCAAUUCAAAAACACUUGAAGACUUACUGAACGUAAAUCAGCUGUAGGCUGAUUUAGAAUGAAGAAUUAUGGGGAUCAAUAAAUUAAUAUGUAAUCAUGUAAUCCAUAAAAAGUAACUGUAAUCUGAGUAUUUAAAAUGUAAUUUAAUCAAAUUGCAAGUAAUUGUUUUUGUAAUCUGAUUAUGUAAUCCAUAUAACAUGUAAUCUGUUACUACCAGCCCUGUUUUAAGCAUAUAUCUGUAAAAGGGAAUUAGAGCAUAUAU